AUGGACGACCUCUUUGGCUCGAACGAGCAGGCCGACCCGCAGUCCGACUUCCUCGCCCGCGAGCGCGCCGCCCUCGGGGCCGACGCCUCGUCGUUCGCCCCCUCGUCCGACUCGGCAGCGCUCGACAAGGACUACGAGGCCGGCGCGUCGGCCUUCCCCGACCUCGACGAUGCCGACGACGAUGCCCUCGGCGCCUUUACCGGCUCGCAAGCGCCUGCGCCCGCCGCCCCGGCUCAAGGCCAGGUCUCCGUCACGGGCGACAACGAGUUCGCCGCGUUCGAGCAGGAGUACCCCGAGAUCGACUUGCCCAGUGACGAACCCCACCAGAACGGCCUGAACGGCAACCCCUCUGCUCCGCCUUCCGCCGGCCUCGCCGCACCCGCAUCUUUCGGCCAGGCGCCGUCCCAGUCGGCGAGUCCCGCACUGCAGCAGCAGGAGGGAGAGUCCGAGUUCAUCAAGUCGUGGCGCGAUAAGCAGGCGCAGGAGAUUGCGGCGCGGGAAGACGAGUACGCCCGCCGCAAGGAGGAGACGAUCGCCAAGGCGCGCAACGACAUCGACAACUUCUACAAGGAGUACAACGCCAAGAAGGAGAAGGCGAUCGCGCAGAACAAGGAGGACGAGGAGAAGUUCAAGGCCGAGCUCACCGACUCGCUCGCCAAGGGCACGACGUGGGAGCGCAUCUGCCAGCUCGUCGACCUGCAGGACUCGCGCUCCAAGACGACGACCAAGAGCAAGCAGGACCUGACGCGCUUCAAGGAGCUCCUCCUGUCGCUCCGUCGCGAGGGCGAGACGGCACCGGGUGCGGCGGGCUACUGAGCGUUUGCGUCCCCUCUCGUAGAUGCUCCCCUUUCCCCUCCUUCGUCAGUCGUCGUUUUCCCCCUCUGUAACAGCAGUCCCCCCCAGUUGUGCUCGACCC